AUGCUCGUUUCCUUAACGGGUCUCGCAUUUUGGGAUAUGCUUCUAUUAUUAUCGGCAUUCUUUCAACAUGCCUUAUGGGCGACAUUGAACUACUUCUCAAUCAUUGAUGAGCCUUGGGAUUCAUGUUUUGUCGCGCUUAAUAGCCUUGUUAGUUUCGGACAUAUCACUUCGACAUAUAUGCUGAUUGAAGUCACUGCGGAAAGAUUUUUCGCAGUGGCCCGACCAUUUCAUUUCGCUGGUGUUAAUAGAAAAAAUCGAAGGAAAGGAUAUGCGCGAAUUCUUGGAGAAUUCAUCAAAAUGCCCCUAUUGGUCACUGUAUUGGCGUGCAUUAUCACAUUUCCUAGUUCGUUCGAAUAUGAGCUUGAGCCUUGCAUUUACAAAUCUGAACAAUUUAUGCAGAAGCAUGAAACGAGUUUAAUGCGGAAUGUCUAUUACAAGUUUCUCUAUCGCACAAUUUUUCUCUCGAUUAGCAUGACAUUCGGACCCUUUAUCGUUAUUACACUGCUAACAGUGUCGACGCUCAAAAGUAUGCGGAAAAGUAUGGAAGGUCGCGCUUCAAUUCUCAUCGCUCAAGGGCAAAAUCAUCUAUUCCAAGCCGACAAGGACAAGACGAAAAGCUUGCAAGCAAUAUCUGUUCUACUUCUUGGCAAAUUCCUACUCCUUCGUUGUUGGCCGACAGCGGUUGCAGUAGCUCAGAUGUUCGUUGGUGAAGAUUUUCGACUACUCCCUCUCGACGUCUCACAUUUCUUCUUUUUGCUCAACUCAGCGACAAACUCGUUCGUCUUUGUUGUUAUUAAAUCGGCAUUUGAAACAAGACGAUUGAGACGAAUUCGGGAACGCCAUCGCCAACUCGUUGCUCAACAUGCGAAACAAGUCCUCAGCAUAGGAAAAACAUUGGCCGGUGACAAUCUACUUCUCGUUCAUGAGGCCGAGUGCGAGAAUAAUUCAAGCGACGAGGAAAUCCUCGAAAUGAAACCACUGAAUUCUAAUCGAGUCUAA